AUUUUCAAGCGUUUCUCUGCUUCCUUGCCGCUGAGCGAUGUUUUGAAGGGGAAAUGGGUUCCGAUUUCUUGAUGGGUACGGAAGGGAGAAGUAAAUAAUUGAAAUGUAUCUGAUAUCUGGCGGUAUACAUUAGGGGACCAUCAACCAACGUUUAUGCCGUAUCCUUGUUCCUGAAAAUUUUCGACUGGAUAACCUCCUGGAUUCGUAAGACUUGAAGUUUGAAUCCUGUCCACUCCUGUCUUUGUUAACGUGCGGUAGUCGCACAGGGGACGUCCGUAUUAAAGUAGAGAAUAAAUGACAGUCCCAUUGACAUGAAUCGCUUAAUAUUUGAAUGACUUGCUGUUUACUAGUCUUUAUUGUUCUGAUAAAUUUCUGGUUGCCAAGCGAUGGAAAGCAGAGGGUCACAGUCUGGUUUGUGCGAACAAAGGAUAUGUUAACUUGACCAAAACAGAUCAAUGUGUAUGUUAUCGAUAGCGCGUUUUCCAAAAGCGGAAAUUCUAGACUUGAUAUCUAGAAUUGGCCAUUAAUGUUGCUAGAGUUAGAAAAUCAUACGGAAGAAGAUGGCAUCAAUUAAAGGCAAAGCUGGAAUAAAUAAUGAAAGCAGUUCUGGUCGGGAUAGUGGCAGGACAGACGCAGGCAGUCCCACGAUAUCCGCAGGGGCCGCAUCCCUGACCACCAACAGGACCUACACACUAGAUGAUCUGGACACCAUUGCCACUGUUGGUACAGGAACCUUUGGAAGGGUUUUUCUGGUGAAGGAUAAAAAGACAAGAGGUUUCUUUGCUCUGAAGGCGAUGAAGAUCCCAGAUGUUAUCCGUCUAAAGCAGGAGCAACACGUACAUAAUGAGAAAGAGGUUUUGACGGAGGUGAACCAUCCUUUCCUUGUCAGACUGUUCUGGACACAUCAUGAUGAUCGCUUCCUGUACAUGUUGAUGGAAUAUGUGAAUGGCGGUGAACUCUUCAGCUAUUUACGCAGCCGAGGACGUUUCAGCAACAGCACCGGAAUGUUUUAUUCAGCUGAAAUCGUGUGCGCCAUUGAAUACCUUCACUCCAAAGAAAUAGUCUACAGAGACCUGAAACCAGAGAAUAUACUGCUGGACAGCGAGGGGCACAUUCGACUGACAGAUUUCGGGUUCGCUAAAAAGCUCUCAGAAAGGACAUGGACUUUAUGUGGUACUCCUGAAUAUUUGGCUCCUGAAGUGAUCCAGAGUAAAGGUCAUGGGCGAGCUGUGGACUGGUGGGCUCUCGGCGUGCUCAUCUUUGAAAUGCUAGCAGGGUAUCCACCAUUUUUUGAUGAUAAUCCUUUUGGCAUCUACCAGAAGAUUCUGGCCGGAAAGCUGGAGUUUCCGCGGCAUCUGGAUUUCUAUGUAAAGGACCUAAUCAAGAAGUUUCUGGUAAUUGACCGGGCAAGAAGGCUUGGAAACAUGAAGAAUGGAGCCGAUGAUGUGAAAAAGCACAGAUGGUUUAAGUCAGUAGACUGGGAGUCUGUGCCCUGUAGAAAACUCAAGCCACCCAUAGUUCCAAAGGUAUCUCAUGAGGGUGACACGUCUAACUUCGACACCUAUCCAGAGGAUGAGUGGAAGAAGGACACACCUGUAGCAGCUAAGGAUCUGGAAAUUUUCAAGAACUUCUGAAAGGAAAUUCUUUUUAAUGACACAAACGACAGGACUUGGUAGAAGAUAAUGAAUUGGAGCUAAAGGUCCAUUCAGGGGACAUUAAAAGGUCAUAGUUGCAUUAAUAUAGGUAUGUCUUCCCUGCUUGUCCCUGAGUCCUGCACACUUGAGAAACAGAAAUAGACUUCUUGUGAUCACCAUUAUUGUUAUCAUAAUUAUCGUCAAACGAAUAAGGAGGAAACGGUUUAUCACUUCAGCAUCUACUAAGUAAUGAAUAACAUCAUUCAACACAAUCUGUCUCUUUAUAUUAUGCAAAAAUAUCAUUUUAAAUUAGCAAUAACAAGGUUCUGCUCAAGGUUCCUUUUGCUGGAUCUAGACAAUGACUUCGUUUAUACAAAAACAUGUAUGGCCAUGCCUUUGUUAUGACUUUGUAUCUUGAAAAGCUUGCUGAAUCAGAGCUUUAAGUCUGACAAAUUUUCUUUUCUGGUUACCUGAACUUGUUGUGUUGAUCCUUUCCUCCUACAUGGUUUAUCUAUGUAAGACCUGUUUCACACCGCACACUUGAGCAGGCCCAUCAAGAAAACAACAGCAGAACUGCAACAUUGUGCUUUUACACUCACAGCUUACACUAACAAAACUGCAAGUCUAUAUAUAUAAAAAAAGAAGAAAUAGUCACAUUUCUCGGUUACUAUUAUGAAUAUUUCCUUUAAUAACAGCCAACAAUUUUAAAAUUGUCAUUUUUUUAAAUUCAUUUAAAAUUAUUACAAAAAAAUAGAAAUAGAAUUUAUGUUAGGUUCCAAAUAGUCAUUAAUAUACACCGAACAGAUCUCACACUGCUUAAGUCUCCUGAAUUCUGUCAUAUUUACUAAACACAAAGUUCUGCUUGUGUGCCUACAUUUCGAUCGAGCCUUGACAGAUUUUUUCCCCCCCUCUCUUCAGACAAUAGUUUGUUCCAGUAUUUUAUUUGAAUACUAUAACCUGUUCAUAUGUAUGGAAGCCCAUUUCCAGAACAUAAGGGGAAAAAAUGCAUUGGCAAAUCAUAAUUAUGACAUACUAUGAGGGGGGAAAAGUAGAAAUAUGAAAAAUUCUAAAUUAUGAGAUUAAAAAUCAUAAGUGACUUUGACUUGACUUUGAGUCAGACUUUUAUAAUUUUUUUUUUAAUCUCAAUAUCAACUUUGUCAUGACUUUUUAUCUCAUAAUAGGUUUCGACUCAUCAUUUUGACUUGUCUCAUGACUUAUCUCAAUUUCGACUUCAUCUCAUAAUUAUGAUUCAUAAUUUUGACUUUUUGUAAUCAUUUCUACUUUUUAUCAAAAAAACGUUAUCUCAUAAUUUUGACUUUUUUGUCAAUUGUGUAUAUCAAAUUAUAUAUUUUUUUCUUAAGUGGCGGAAAUGGGCUUCCAUAGAUAUGAGAAAGGGAAAAAAAGUGUUCUGUGUGAACGGCCCCAAAAAUCCAAAGAGCUUUUUAACACAUUCCUGCCAGGAUGUCGUACUGAGAAUACCAGGUAAAAUAGAGGUACAGUAGCACUUACCUAAUCAAACUUGACCUCACAAACCUGUAGGUAACUAAUAAAUCUGCAUUAAUGCUUGUAUUAUCAGAUGCCUGUUCAAAUACUUUGGCUGUUGUGCUUUAUGGUGUUUUAUAUGUUUAAUAAUUGGUUAAGUGCAUUAACACUUAAAAAAAAAAAUUACUAGCCAGGUGUUUUCUAAAGUUGCCUUGCAUUGAUAUGGGGGUGAAUUUAGCAAACACAGUUUACAUUGCUUUAUAAUGCCACUAAAUACACGGUUGGCAUAUUGAAAGCCUUGCAUAACGGGAAGAGAACUGAGUAUGGUGUGAAAUGCUUUAGAAAUGUAGCUAUUGUGUGUAUGUUCAAAACCAUUCUUUCUGAUUCUGGAGUUCCCUAGUUUUUUGUAACUGCUUUUGUUUGAAGCAGUUAUCUAUCAUUGUAAAGUGUCUACUGAAAACCAUUUAUUAAGAUAAUUUCUUGAAAUUGCUGUUCUUUUUAAAUUGCAAAUGCAAUUUUGUACUAGGAACUUGCAGAUUUCAUAUGGACUUUACAGCUGUUACCAUCUUUGGAUUUUUCUGUUAUUAUUUGUAUGUUGUUGUACCCUGUGUGGAUGAUUUUUGCUGUAUUCUCAGUUUUUAGUGUUUUUUUUUUUACACUUGUUUGAGAAAAGAUUGUAUUUUAUAUUAUUUGCAACAGCAAAAACUAAAAUGAAGUUCUAUGAACUUAAAAAUUGACAAACCCAGCAUAGGAUUUUAUACUGGUUUUUAAUUAGGUUUUGUUUUAAGUUUUUCAGUACUUUUCUUUUAUUGCCUUCUGAAUAUUUUUGGUGUAUUUGAGAUGGUACAAGUGCAAUGUUAACUUCAACCAAGCUGUUAUGGAAAUCUGCAAGUACUAUAACCAUGAAAAUAAACUGAACUUUUCAUGUGGGCAAAA